CAAGCCAUGGCUUCUCUGGUGCGGCGGUGCAUGAUGCCUUACGGCUGCUGCCUCGCGGCUCUUCUCGCGCUGGCAGCUCUCGCCUCUCCUGGCCGUCUCGGUGCGGCGGCGGCGGCCGAGGGCAGUGGAGUGAAGUGGCACGUCGUCAGCGUCAGCUCUCUGCUGCCGAGCGCGGCCUGCACGGCCACGGCAGCGGCACCCAACUCGUCGGCGCUCCGCGUCGUGCACCGGCACGGCCCGUGCUCGCCGCUGCGGUCACGCGGCGGCCCACCGUCUCAUGCGGAGAUCAUGGGCCGGGACCAGGAGAGGCUCCACGCCAUGCACCGCAGGGUCCCCAAGGGCGCGAACGUGACCCUGCAGGCGCGCUGGGGCAAACCCCUGGGCACCAGCAACUACUACAUCUCGGUCGGCCUCGGCACGCCGGCGAGGGACCUGUCGGUGGAGUUCGACACCGGCAGCUCCCAGUCGUGGGUGCAGUGCAAGCCGUGCGCGGACUGCUACGAGCAGCACGACCCGCUCUUCGACCCCAGCAAGUCGGCGACGUACUCCACCGUAUCCUGCGCUGCGAAGGAGUGCCGCGAGUUCGGCUCGCAGAACUGCUCAUCGGGCAACAACUGCCGGUACGAGGUUUCGUAUGCAGACAAGUCGCGGACCACGGGCACCCUCGCGCGGGACACGCUGAGACUGACGCCCGCUACGACCGUCCGGGGCUUCAUGUUCGGGUGCGGGCACAACGACGCCGGGGUGUUCGGCGAGGUCGACGGGCUCUUCGGCCUCGGCCGCGGGAAGGCGUCCUUGUCCUCACAGGCCGCGGUCGUGUACGGCGACGCGGGGUUCUCCUACUGCCUCCCCUCCUCGUCGAGCACCGUGGGGUACCUGACCUUCGGUGGAGCCGCAGCCGCCCCCGCGAACGCGCAGUUCACGGCGAUGGUGAGCGGCCAAGACGACGGGUCGUGGUACUACCUCAACCUCACCGGCAUAAAGGUCGGCGGGAAGGCGAUCAAGGCGCCCUCGGCCGCGUUCGCGACGGCGUCCGGGACGAUCAUUGACUCGGGCACGGCGUUCAGCCGCCUGCCGCCGCGCGCCUACGCCGCGCUCCGGUCGGCGUUCCGGCGCGCCAUGGCCAAGCACGGGUACAGGAGGGCGCCCGCCUCCCCGCCCUUCGACACGUGCUACGACCUCUCCGGGCACGAGGUCGUGCGGGUGCCGUCGGUGGUGCUGGUGUUCGCCGACCGCACCGCCGUGGCCCUCGACCCCAGCGGUGUGCUGUACGCGUGGGACGAAGCGUCCCAGGCGGCGUGCCUGGCGUUCGCGCCCAACACCGACGAGACGUACCUGGGCGUGCUCGGGAACGUGCAGCAGAGGACGCUCGCCGUCGUCUACGACGUGGGCAACCGGAGGGUCGGGUUCGGCGCCAAGGGUUGCGCCUGAGAUCGAUCGUAGUAGUAGUACUAACUGUAAACGAUCUAUGGCUGAAGUAUGAGCACUCAGUACUGCUAUCCUUUAAUUUUUC